AGGAUCAGAGACCAUGAAGUCUGCCGCUUUACUGGUGCUGGUCCUAGUGAUAGCUGCGGAAGGGGCGGUCCCUUACCGGGCGGUCCCUUACCGUCGACCCCUUGUGCAGACGCUCGAAUACAAUGAGGAUGCUGACUUGGAUACGCCCGAGCUGAUCCGGAAGUACGGCUAUCCAGUGGAGGAGCACUUCGCGACGACGAACGACGGCUACAUUCUGCGCAUGUACCGGAUCCCCUCCAGCCCCAAGGCGAAGGAUCCGUCCGGCUACCCCAUCCUGCUCGUGCACGGCCUCGAGUCCAGCGCCGCGGACUGGGUGGUCAUGGGGCCCGACAAGGCUUUUGCAUACAUUUUGGCAGACGCUGGCUUCGACGUAUGGCUUGGAAACGCACGUGGCAACAAGUACUCCAGGAACCAUACUACCAUUAAUCCGGACGACAGCGAGUUCUGGCAAUUCAGUUGGCACGAGAUCGGCUACUACGACCUGCCGGCCAAGAUCGACUACAUCCUGGCCAAGACGGGCCAGAGCGACCUGUACUACGCUGGCCACUCCCAGGGCACCACUUCCUUCUACGUGAUGGCGACAAUGCGACCCGAGUACAACGACAAGAUCCGCGUCAUGUUCAGCCUGGCUCCCGUCGCCUUCAUGGACCACAUGUUCAAUCCACUCUUGCAAAUUGUGUCGCAGUUCAUAGAUCAAGUGGAGGUGCUUCUUCAGAUGAUAGGAAUGAAUGAGUUCAACCCGAACAGUGAGUUCAUGCAACUCGUAGGGGAACUUAUGUGCAGUGACGAAGCUUUCACGCAGGAUAUAUGCGCCAAUAUCAUGUUCAUGAUUGGUGGCUUCAACGAAGCAGAACUGAACAAGACGAUGCUGCCCGUGAUUCUCGCCCACGCUCCAGCAGGCGCCGGCAGCAGGCAGUUCAUCCACUACGGACAGGAGAUCAAGAGCGGUCACUUCCGCCAGUACGACCAUGGAAUGUUCGGCAACCUGGAGAAGUACGGCAGCUUCUGGCCGCCAGACUACGACCUGAGCAAAAUCACCGCCAAAGUGGCGCUCUUCUACAGCAACAAUGACUGGCUAGCAGCUGUGAAGGAUGUGGACAGACUGUACGACAAGCUACCAAAUUGCAUAGGCCGCUUCCUCGUAUCGCUGGAUUCAUUCAACCACCUCGACUACGUAUGGGCCAUCCACGCUAAGGAACUAGUCUACGACAAAGUCAUUAGCCUCAUGAAUAGAUAUUUGUAAAUUGCUUCGCGUUCGAGGGACGCAAGCGCCUACAUCCAAGAUCGUACGCAAUGAGGAUGCCUACGCACACGUUUAUCAGACAUAAUAUUUUGUUUAAUUUCCAACAAGAAUAAUUUCCAGUUAUAUUGGCUUAUGUAUUCAGACGUGUCAUACAAGAAAAAUUUCGAUGUAUAUUAAAAAUAUAAAUACUCCACUUCUGUUUCCAUGCUGUGUCAUGCUUUCGUUCUCAAGGAGUAUGUCAAGGACUAUUACAUGUUUUCAUAUUUUAAAUCGUUUAUCCACGUAUGAUGUGUGUUCAACGUAGUAAUUGUCAACCACUCGAAAACUUCUGAUUAUUUUACA